UCCGCGUUGGGCUCUGCCUCUGGCCCUCUGGGUAUCUUCUGAUGGGGUUUACAUUCAGUUCCUAACCCCAAACACUUGUUUUGCACGAAAAAGUUGGCUCCUUUGGAAGCCCCCAACACUGAAAGAUUGAAUCUUCAAGUUGGAUUUUGAGUAAAUUUCAUUUUUUGUGAUUUAAUCGUGGCUAUGAAUACCGGAGGGAGACUUAUUGCUGGUUCUCACAAUAGGAAUGAGUUUGUGCUCAUCAAUGCUGAUGAAAUUGGAAGAAUAAAGUCUGUGAGAGAAUUAAGUGGCCAAAUAUGCCAAAUUUGUGGGGACGAAAUAGAGAUUACUAUAGAUGGAGAACUGUUUGUUGCCUGCAACGAAUGUGCUUUCCCUGUUUGCAGACCCUGCUAUGAGUAUGAGAGAAGAGAGGGAAAUCAGGCAUGCCCUCAGUGCAAAACUAGAUACAAACGCAUCAAAGGUUGUCCUCGGGUUGAAGGUGAUGAGGAAGAAGAUGACAUUGAUGACUUAGAACAUGAGUUUGAUUACAGUGAUAUUGAUGCUACAGCACCAAAUGUAGCUGAAAGAACAAUUCCUGCUUCCCAUGGCCAUCAUGCUUAUCAUGCAAGUUCAUCUGGGAACAACACAUCAACCCCUGGAUUGGAAAUACCACUCUUGAAAUAUAGAGAAGAGGAUGCUCAAAUCUCUGAUGAUCAGCAUGCUCUUAUAGUACCUUCAUCACCUAGUAUUGUGAAUGGGGACUCAUCCACAUCUUUGCAUUGUAGACCAAUGGUUCCAGAGAAGGACAUUGCAUUAUAUGGCUAUGGAAGUGUGGCAUGGAAGGAACACAUGGAGGAGUGGAAGAAAAAGCAAGGUGACGAGCUUCAGGUGGUCAAGCAUCAAGUCAAUAGUGAUAAUGAACUCGAAGACCCUGAUUUUCCUAUGAUGGAUGAAGGGAGGCAGCCACUUUCAAGAAAGUUGCCCAUUGCUUCUAGCAAAAUAAAUCCUUACAGGAUUCUCAUCAUUCUGCGCCUUGUCAUUCUUGGCUUCUUUUUCCAUUAUAGGAUUCUUCAUCCAGUUGCUGAUGCAUAUGGUUUGUGGUUGACAUCAGUUAUUUGUGAGAUAUGGUUUGCAAUAUCAUGGAUUCUAGAUCAGUUCCCAAAAUGGUGUCCACUAGUGCGAGAGACCUAUCUUGAUCGAUUAUCACUUAGGUAUGAGAAAGAAGGAACACCGUCGAAUUUGGCUCCAAUUGACAUUUUUGUUAGCACAGUUGAUCCCUUGAAAGAGCCUCCAUUGAUCACUGCAAAUACUGUUUUAUCUAUUCUGGCAGUCGAUUAUCCAGUUGAAAAAGUUUCAUGCUAUGUCUCAGAUGAUGGUGCUGCCAUGCUUACAUUUGAAUCACUCUCUGAGACAUCUGAAUUUGCUAGGAAAUGGGUCCCCUUCUGCAAAAAAUUCAACAUUGAACCCCGGGCUCCAGAAUGGUAUUUUUCACAGAAAAUUGAUUAUCUGAAAAACAAAGUUCAUCCAGCUUUUGUAAGAGAGCGACGUGCAAUGAAGAGGGAAUAUGAAGAAUUUAAAGUUCGGAUAAAUGGUUUGGUUGCAAUGGCCCAAAAAGUUCCAGAUGAAGGUUGGACAAUGCAGGAUGGUACUCCUUGGCCAGGAAACAAUGUCAGGGACCAUCCUGGUAUGAUCCAGGUAUUCCUUGGUCAAGAAGGUGUUCGAGAUAUUGAAGGAAACGAAUUGCCUCGCUUGGUCUAUGUUUCUCGUGAAAAGAGACCUGGUUUCAAUCAUCAUAAAAAAGCAGGGGCCAUGAAUGCUUUGGUGCGGGUUUCAGCUGUUAUCUCAAAUGCUCCUUUCCUUCUGAAUGUUGACUGUGAUCACUACAUCAACAAUAGCAAGGCAUUGAGAGAAGCCAUGUGUUUUAUGAUGGAUCCCACUUCAGGAAAAAAAAUCUGCUAUGUGCAAUUUCCACAAAGGUUCGAUGGGAUCGAUCAUCAUGAUAGAUACUCGAACCGAAAUGUUGUAUUCUUUGAUAUUAACAUGAAAGGUUUAGACGGGUUACAAGGGCCGAUAUAUGUUGGUACUGGGUGUGUAUUCAGAAGGGAAGCACUUUAUGGAAAUGAUGCUCCUGCAAAGAAGAAGAAACCUAGCAGGACAUGCAAUUGCUGGUCAAAAUUAUGUUGCUGCGGACCUAGAAAGAGCAGUAAAGGAAAAACAAGAAAAGAGAGGAAUAAGAAAACAAAACGCAGGGAGACAUCAAAACAAAUACAUGCGCUUGAAACAAUUGAAGAAGGAAUAGAAGGUGCUGAUUCAUCUGAGGCUUUACAAAUGGAGUUGGAAAAGAAGUUUGGGCAAUCUCCUGUUUUUAUUGCCUCAACACUUGUAGAAAAUGUAGGUGUUCCCAAGGAUGCUAGUAGCACAGCACUCCUAAAAGAGUCCAUUCAUGUGAUCAGCUGUGGUUAUGAAGAUAAAAGUGAAUGGGGAAAGGAGGUCGGGUGGAUUUAUGGAUCUGUUACAGAAGAUAUCUUGACAGGAUUCAAGAUGCAUUGUCGUGGCUGGCGGUCUGUGUAUUGCAUGCCUAAACGUCCCGCGUUCAAGGGUUCUGCUCCUAUAAAUCUCUCAGACCGUCUCCACCAGGUUCUGAGAUGGGCCCUUGGGUCUGUCGAGAUUUUCUUGAGCAAACACUGCCCAAUAUGGUAUGGAUAUGGAGGUGGUUUGAAGUGGUUGGAAAGGUUUUCCUACAUAAACUCUGUUGUGUAUCCCUUCACCUCCAUUCCCUUGAUCGUGUACUGUUCUUUGCCUGCUAUCUGCCUACUCACUGGAAAAUUUAUUGUACCCGAGAUAAGUAAUUACGGCAGCAUCAUAUUCAUGGCUAUGUUCAUCUCUAUUGCUGCGACUGGUAUCGUUGAGAUGCAAUGGGGUGGUGUUGGAAUAGACGACUGGUGGAGAAACGAGCAGUUCUGGGUGAUUGGAGGAGCAUCCUCUCAUCUUUUUGCUCUUUUCCAAGGUUUGCUCAAGGUCUUAGCUGGUGUUGACACCAACUUUACAGUGACCUCAAAAGGAGGCGAUGACGGUGAAUUUUCUGAGCUCUAUAUUUUUAAGUGGACAUCAUUAUUAAUACCCCCAACAACCCUGCUGGUGAUAAAUAUGGUUGGGGUUGUGGUUGGUGUGUCAGAUGCCAUCAACAAUGGAUAUGAUUCCUGGGGUCCAUUAUUUGGGAGAUUGUUCUUUGCUUUCUGGGUCAUUGUUCAUCUAUACCCAUUCCUCAAAGGUUUGCUAGGAAAGCAAGACAGAAUUCCAACCAUAGUGCUCGUAUGGUCAAUCUUACUGGCUUCAGUACUCACCCUGCUUUGGGUAAGAAUCAACCCGUUUGUUUCGAGAGAUGGUCCUGUGCUACAAAUCUGUGGAUUGGACUGCGAUCACCGAUGACCCCAUCAUAAAACACAAAAUCAAAAUCCUUGUUGAAGUUGCUUGCUUCUCCUCUUCUCUUCUCUUCUUAGCCAGACAUUAGUAGUAGUGUACUAGUAUGCGGUGGGGUAGUUUUGCACAAAGAACAAAAAAAUGUGUAGAUAUGUAGCAGUGGAAUAGAAGUCAACACAACAGUUCAGAUUUGUUUAAAGAAAGGUUUCAUUUAUUCUUUUGCUAAAGAGCAAGCAAUGUUUUGUUUCUCUCUAAUGAACCAUUAUGUAUUUAUUAUUAGUGAAAGCAUAUGC